CUGCUCCUAGUAGUAAUCUGGGGUCAAAGACAGAAAGGAGACAACAGCCAGAACUAAGUCUGAGGCUGGGGUAGAACUGCCAGGUCAAGAAAAACUUUUUUUCACUUUGCAUUUUCUUAGGAGCGUUCAGAAUCGUUGACUCACAGUUGUCAGUCUAGGGGGUAAUCUAUUUGCUGCUUGGAGGGGUUAUAAGAAGAGCCAAUAAGAAAGGAGGUCCUUUCAUAACACAGAAACACUGUGGACCCCAAGCCCCACCCUAGCCACCUCUUCAAAGACUCCAGCUGCCCCUCUCCAGUCCUCUGCUUCCCCAUCACAUGCUCAUGCCCCUGGGUGGGCUGCUGUGCUGGUGGUGCUGCUGCUGUGGCUGGUACUGCUGUGGAUCGUGCACCCCAGUUCCCCAGAUGUUGCGCCACCAGGGUCUCCUCAAGUGCCGCUGCCGAAUGCUCUUCAAUGACCUGAAGGUUUUCCUACUGAGGCGCCCCCCUCCAGUGCCCCUGCCCAUGCACGGUGACCCCCAGCUCCCUGGUGUGGCGGCCAACAACAACACCCUUCCGGCUCUGGGUGCCGGAGGGUGGGCAGGCUGGAGGGGUCCUCGAGAAGCGGUGGGAAGGGAGACCCCUCCUCUGCCACCUCCGCCACCUUUGCCUCCUUCUGUGGAAGAUGACUGGGAUGGCCCAGCCACAGGGCCACCUGCCUCCCUGCUCAGCAGUACUUCCUCUGAUGAAUUCUGUAAGGAGCAAGCUGAGGACCGCUACUCUCUGGGAAGUAGCUUGGACAGUGGUAUGAGGACUCCCCUCUGCCGCAUCUGUUUCCAGGGUCCAGAACAGGGCGAGCUGCUAAGCCCAUGCCGCUGUGACGGUUCAGUCAAAUGUACCCACCAGCCGUGUCUCAUCAAGUGGAUCAGCGAAAGGGGCUGCUGGAGCUGUGAGCUGUGUUACUACAAGUACCAUGUCAUCGCCAUAAGCACAAAGAAUCCUCUACAGUGGCAGGCCAUAUCCCUGACAGUCAUCGAGAAGGUUCAGAUCGCAGCUGCCAUCUUGGGUUCUCUCUUCCUCAUCGCCAGUAUCUCUUGGCUCAUCUGGUCGACCUUCAGUCCCUCAGCAAAAUGGCAACGCCAAGACCUCCUCUUCCAGAUCUGCUAUGGGAUGUAUGGCUUCAUGGACGUGGUGUGCAUAGGUCUCAUCAUCCACGAAGGACCCUCAGUGUAUCGCAUCUUCAAACGCUGGCAAGCUGUCAAUCAGCAGUGGAAAGUGCUGAACUAUGACAAGACAAAAGACUUGGAGGAUCAAAAAUCAGGAGGCAGGACAAACCUACGGACUUCCUCAUCAACCCAAGCCAAUAUCCCCUCCACGGAAGAGGAGGCAGCCAGCCCCCCUGCCCGUGAAGAGGGGCCCACCAGGGCUGCCAGCCACCCUUCAGGCCCUGUGUCCCAACACCACUGUGCUUACACCAUCCUGCAUAUCCUGAGUCACUUGAGACCUCAUGAGCAGCGGAGCACGCAGGGCAGCAGCCGAGAACUCGUCAUGAGAGUCACCACCGUGUGAAAGGAGGUCUGGGAGGAAGGCUGAGAACACACACAUCAAGGAAAGAGGCUGGCCCAGGAGGGGCCCAGGGAGCAGAAAUGGGAGGCAGAAAUCCAGCAG